AUGGAUCAGCAGAGUCAGUCUGGGCCUCAAGGCCCUGGUGGACGCAAGUUCCAUAUUGCUCAUCGGAGAAGUCCAUCUGAGCUCACCCCAUUGAUGAUGGAACAAUUGGCCAUCCAACAACAAAUUGAAUUGCUCCAGCAGCAACAGCAACAAAUCGCCGCGACACACCAACAAUACGUCAACAUGGGGCUACUGCAGCCCCAGCAACUGGGCCAGGUGCCCCCGUUUCAAACAGGUACCUCCAUGGGCGGUGUCUCCCCACAGCAAGUCAAUGCAUUCCAGUUCCCGCAGGGCGGACAGCAGCAGCUUGGAGUGCCGAUGAGUGGGCCGAACCAACAUUCGCACCGGCGCAAUCAAUCUGCUCUUCCUGGCCUUCCCAUGGGACCGCCGCCUGCCCCGUCUUCCGGCGCCUCGGGGUACGCUGAUUAUAAUCAAAACAACAACAAGAAUGAGAACUCUAACCACGGUCGCGGCCGUGGUGGUCCUCCCGGUGGUGGCCACCAGCGCCGCCACUCACUUGCUCUCCCUGAGGCCAAGAAAGCCGCUGAACUAGCCCAGCAGAAGCGAACUGCGUCAGGAUUCCAGUUCCCCGCUCCUGCCCCUGGUGCAAGUGGUUCAGACAAUCAGGCUUCCUCCGAUGACAAGCCUGCAACCAGCACUUCUCCGGCACCCCAGGGGCCCGCCUUCCAGCGGGCUGGAAACAUGCGAGCUGGCGGCCAUGGCCGCAGCCAAUCCAUGGCCAUCGGUGGUAACCGGGCUUCUAUUUCUGGUCGUGGUGCGGGUGGCUUCCAAUUCCCCCAAGCCAGUGAGCCAUCAACCGGUCAACCGGACACCCAACGGCGUCCCAGCCAGACCGGCCAUGCUCGAUCAGGUUCCCGAAACUUUGAAGGCAACUGGCGACAACCCAACAACCAACCCCAGGGCCAGGAUCAGCAGAGGCCCGUUGGUCAACAGCAGGGUGGCUUCCAGCCCGGCCAUCGCUCGCGCGGUUCGAUGAACCAGUCAAUGGGCUCGAUUGGUCAAUUCCAGUAUGGCGCUCAGCCUCAGCUUAUUCAACUCCCUCAGGGCCAAGUCAUGAUGGCGCCUCAGAUGUUCGGUAGCCAGCAAUUGAACCCACUACAAUUGGCUCAGCUGCAAGCGCUUCAGCAGCAGAAUGGCCAAGGUAUGGGUGGUCUUCAGGCGAGCCAGCAUGCCCCGCCGCAGAUGUCUGUUCAGCAGCAACAGCAACAACAACAACAACAGCAGCGGAAGACCCUGUUCACUCCGUAUCUCCCCCAGGCAAACCUGCCUGCACUCCUUAGCAACGGACAGUUGGUCGCUGGUGUUUUGCGCGUCAACAAAAAGAACCGUUCCGAUGCCUACGUGACCACUGAUGAUCUGGACGCCGACAUCUUCAUUUGCGGUAGUAAGGAUCGGAACCGCGCCCUUGAGGGUGACUUUGUCGCAAUUGAGCUUCUCGAUGUCGACGAGGUGUGGGGUCAGAAAAAAGAAAAGGAGGAGAAGAAGAAGCGUAAGGAUAUCACCGAUGCUCGCUCCAACAGCAAUGCUGGAAACGAUAAACUCGGUCGAUCCGAUUCCACUGGCGAUAGACAGGAGAUCGGCCCGGAUGGAAGCAUCCGUCGCCGUGGCAGUCUUCGCCAGCGUCCCACCCAGAAGAAGAACGAUGAUGUCGAGGUCGAAGGCCAGAGCCUUCUUCUGUGUGAAGAAGAUGAGAUCAGUGACGAGCAGAAGCCAUUGUACGCCGGUCACGUCGUUGCGGUUAUUGAACGUGUUGCUGGUCAGAUGUUCUCGGGCACUUUGGGUCUGUUGCGUCCCAGCAGUCAGGCUACCAAGGAGAAGCAGGAGGCUGAGCGGCAAGCCAGAGAUGGCGCCCACGGCCGUUCUCACAAUGACCGUCACCAGGACAAGCCAAAGAUCGUCUGGUUCAAGCCUACUGACAAGCGCGUCCCCCUUAUCGCCAUUCCCACGGAGCAGGCGCCUCGGGACUUCGUUGAGAAGCACCAGGACUACGCCAAUCGAAUCUUCGUUGCUUCCAUCAAGAGAUGGCCUAUUACCUCGUUGCACCCCUUCGGCACUCUCGUCGAACAGCUUGGAGAAAUGGGUGACCUGCGUGUUGAGACAGAUGCCCUCCUCCGUGAUAACAACUUCGGUUCGGAUGACUUCUCUGAUGCUGUGCUGAAGAGUAUCGGCUGGGAAGACUGGUCUGUCUCUGCCGAGGGUGAUACCUUGGCUUCGCGACGUGACUUCCGUGAAGAGACCAUCUUCACAAUUGACCCUGCCGACAGCAAAUCCCUCGAGGAUGCGUUCCAUGUCAAGCAGCUUGACGAUGGCAAGGUCGAAAUUGGUGUUCACGUGGCCGAUAUUGCUCACUUCGUCAAGGGCAACUCUCUGGUCGACCGCGAAGCGAAGAAGCGCGGUACUGCGGUCUAUUUGGUCGACCGAAUCAUGAACAUGUUGCCUCCCCGCGUUUCGACCGAGCUUUGCUCCCUGGUUCCGGGAGAGGAUCGCCUCACAGUCAGCGUGGUCUUCAAGGCCGACCCCGCUACGGGUGUAGUUGAUGAAGAUGUUUGGAUUGGUAAGGGUGUCAUCAAGAGCGCUGGCCGUCUGGACUACGACCAGGUCAAUGCACUUGUUGAGGGCAAGUCUGAUGUUAGCACUGGCGCCGUCUCUGCUGACAGCAUCCGCUUCUUGCACACCGCCGUCGGCAAAUUCCGUGAGGCCCGUUUCGGUAACCGUGUGUCUAAUGCUCCCGUCCAGCGUCUGCUACAGCAACUGGAUGACGAAAACGUGCCAGUCGAGUACAACAUUUUCGAGUCAACCCCGGCACACGAGCUUGUUGAAGAGCUCAGCCACCAGGCCAACUUCUUUGUUGCCCGUAAGCUCUUCAGCGCUAUGCCCGAGAAAGCAUUGUUGCGCCGUCAGUUUUCGCCCAAACCCCGUCGCCUUGCCUUGUUUGUGGAACGGAUGAACCGCCUUGGUUACGAGAUCGACCCGAGUAGCAGUGGCAGCCUCCAGAGCUCCCUCUGCAAGGUGCAGGAUGUGGAUAUCCGCAAGGGCAUGGAAACUCUUCUUGCCAAAGCCAUGCAGCGCGCCAAAUACUUUGUCAGCAAUGGCGCUUCUGAUGAGAUGCGCCAGCACUACAUCCUUAACGUGCCGGUCUACACGCACUUCACUAAUCCCUCUCGGCGCUAUGCCGAUAUACUUGUCCACCGUCAACUUGAAGCCGUGCUUUCGGAGGGUGCCGUGGAAUUCAAUGACGAUAUUGAGUCACUAAACAAGAUUGUCGAUCUUUGCAAUAACAAGAAGGAUUCCGCUCUCAACGCCCAGGAGCAGAGUGUACACAUCGAGGCCUGUCGGAAGAUGGACCGCAAGAGUCGCGAGAUUGGUGGUGAUCUCAUUAGCGAGGGUAUCGUGCUCUGCGUUUAUGAAUCUGCCUUUGACGUCCUGAUUCCGGAAUAUGGCUUUGAAAAGCGUGUGCACUGUGACCAGCUGCCGCUCAAGAAGGCCGAGUACCGCAAGGACAGUCGUGUGCUCGAGCUGUACUGGGAGAAGGGCGUCCCUUCGUCUGCAUACAUCCCCGAGGAUGAGCGUCCCAAGCCCGGGAACUCCCGCGCUGCUCAGGCCGCAGCUGCCGCUCGCGAGGUUGAAGCAGCCAAGGAGCGUGCCAGGGAGCGUGAUGAGGCCAUGCGCAAGCAGACCGAGACCGGCACCAUGUCUGCCGACGCUGUCGAUGCUCUUUUCGAUGAUGAUGAAGAUGUGGAUGAGGUCGUCGAAAUGGCAGCCGGUGUCUCGCUCAACUCCGCCGAUCGUUCGACUCAGAGCAUGCCACCAUCGCCUACGCGUUCUGGCCAUCACCAGCAGGGACCUCACCGUACCCGUUCGGACCCUAAGAUUGCCUCUGGCACUGGCGACGCACCCGAGGACAAGUUGACUAACAAGGAGAAGUACUUGAACUUGUUCAAGCUGCGCGAAGUGGAUGGCGAUUUCAUCCAAGAUGUCACCGAGAUGACCCGUGUUCCCAUUAUCCUCAAGACCGAUCUGAGCAAGAGUCCUCCAUGUCUUACCGUUCGAUCUGUCAACCCCUACGCUCUGUAG